AUUUCCCUUUCCUUCUCUCUCUCUCUCUCUCUCUCUCUCUCUCUCUCAUCACUUCAUUUCUCUAUCUUAAAAGCAAGCAUGGCCGAGGCUGCAGAGCUUCACUAUGAACCCAAACCAACCAACAACACAACUACACGCUUAAAACUCUUCGGUUUCAAUGUCCAAGAAGACGACGUGGAAUCAUCAGCCGUACUCGACUCCACCAAGACCGCCACAACCCCUUCCGGCUCACCUGAAUCCGCCCCCUUCUCCACCUCCGGCGACCGUAAAUAUGAGUGCCAGUACUGCUGCCGUGAAUUCGCCAACUCCCAAGCCCUCGGUGGCCACCAGAACGCCCACAAGAAAGAGCGCCAGCAGCUCAAGCGAGCUCAGCUCCAAGCCAGCAGAAACGCCACCGUCUCCUACGCCCGAAAUCCCAUCAUCACCGCCUUCGCUCCGCCGCCUCACCUCCUCUCUCCGGCCGGAUCCGUGAUGGUUCCGGCGGCGUCUCCGGCAAACCCGUCGUGGGUUUACGUCCAGCGCGCGACCACCCCGUUCCAUGUAUCGCACGGGUGCGUGUUUCCCGCGGGGAGCAAUCACGGGAGGGCUGCAGGGAGUUAUUCCUACGGUGGCGGUGUAGGGGAUUCCGCAUUGACUUCAAUGGGGCCGGCUCAUCAUCAGGUACUACAACAGGGCCGGGCCCACGGGAGAGCGGAUGGGCCGUCGUUGAGUAGGUUCACGAAAGGGGAUGUUGGGCCCAGUUUCGACGAUGCAUUGGGCUUGGACUUGCAUCUCAGCCUUUAACUCAGAAAAAUAAAUGGUUUUUGUAAUAUGAACUCAACUGGGAAAAAAUGUGCAUUUUGCUAGUGGAGAUCUUUGUACAUUUCAAAUUUUAUUUAUUUGUUUAUUUUAAGAACGUAAUUUAACGGGCAUAUACAAUGCUCACUAAGCCUCAUUUCUACUA